AUGUCUCUCCGUGAAGCCCCUGGUAUUCGACUACAGUGGUCCAAAGUUGGAACUGCAGGCUUACCGAGCAAUGCAGCACAAUACGAUGGGGAACUGAUUAUUGAUGGAGUACGUGAUUCCGAUGCUGGACAGUAUCGUUGUACAGCUAGUGGUGACCACCAGUUCGCCACCGAUGAUGCUACGCUGGACAUCUCCAGUGCAAAACAAGAUGGAGGCGGCCCGCCUCUGGUGAUGGUUGACCCACGAGAACAAACGGUAAAUGAGAACGAACCAGCAACAAUUCGGUGCUGGGUGCCCGGUUUAACGACAUGUGAGCUUACCUGGCACAAGGAGGAGGUCGGCGGAUCUCUUCCGUACGGUGUGUAUCAGAGUGGCGGAGUGCUGAAAAUUCCUCGAGCGCAACUUCAAGAUGCUGGCAAUUACAUUUGCACUGCCCGAAACGAAUAUGGCGUUGGGAAGUCGCCACCAGCACGGCUGAAUGUCAACCGUCGUAAGUUUUGCGGCAGUCUUCUGUUAUCCUAG